AUGGCAAGCAAUUCUUUCUACAAUCAGUCAAAGAAACGUCGACCACUUGCUGAUAUUGACGAUAGUAUAACAAGGAAACGUUCGAAUCAGAAUCGGUUAUCAUUGAUAAAAAUGGCACAUGCGACACGAACAUUCUGGACACAAGCUGAAGCAUUAGAAUACAUUACUGAACGACAAAAGAAUAAGCGAAGCAUAAAUGCUGGAGAGAUUUUGUAUUUGUUCAGUUUCGAAUCCCAACCAGACGGAAGACGACGGUAUCAAGUUGCCGAUAUUGAUAUAUUCAUACAUGAGUAUAAUCAAUUACCUGUCAAUCAACGUCAUACUUAUGAGAUCAUUAUCGAUAAGAAGCCUUCGAAAUUGUAUUUUGAUCUGGAAUACGAUCGAGAUGCGAAUCCAACUAUUGAUGGACCGAAGUUAACCAAUAAUUUUAUCAAGUACGUGCUAAAUUUCAUGCGAAAGCGCAGUGAUGACCUAAGUUAUUCAAUGCAAGAUGUACUUAUUUUGGAUUCCACAUCAUCGACAAAAUUUAGUCGUCACUUGAUCUUUCAAACCAUCGAUCCAUUUCUCGAUAACCUUGCUGUUGGUCGAUUUGUGAAUCUAAUCUUAGAAGAUAUUCAAGGUUGUUUACUUAAUCAUCAAUGUUCUGCCGUCGUCAAUGCCACACCCAUUUCCAGUCAACAAGCUAGUCAGUUCUAUUCGGAUUCAACAGUUUUUGCUCGUAAUCUUCUCGCAACUAUCGAGUCUCGAUUAUUUCGAUUUGAACAUUGUCAAUGUAUGGAUGAUUAUUCACAACUACAUUUCAAAGAUAUUAUUGAGUUUAUUGUCAAGAAAAAUGAUGGUACUGGAUUAACAUGGUUUUGUGAUAUGGGUGUUUAUACGAAGAAUCGAGCGUUUCGACUACUUAGAUCCAGUAAAUUCGAUAAACCUGAAUGUUUCACUGUCGCACCUGAGAAUCAAUGGAAACCAAAUAUUGGACGUUCACUGGUACAAUCAAGUGAACUAGAGCGUCAGCUCUUUAUGGCAUCAUUGGUUUAUUUUAAUGGACCUAUUCGACGUUUUAUUCAUGUUGAUGAGGAAAUUCGAACAAGAUCAAAACCUGUUCCUUCACGUUCACAAAAGCCUACUUCAUACAUCAAUGAGGACUUGGAAAAAAUCUUGCUAAACUAUCCUGAACUUGGUAAUUUUAUGUCAGAUAUCGCACGAGAUGACAACACAAAUGACAAUUAUCCACGUAUAAGUCGAAUCUACAACGGAAAAGAAGUUCAAAAUGAUUUCAAAUGGGAAAUUAGUUUUUUAUACGUUGGAAACUACAAGUAUUGUGAACGAAUUCAACGUCAUCACAAGAAUAAUCACAUAUAUUUCGUUGUGGAUAUGCGUAAAGGAACAUAUCGUCAGAAAUGUCAUGAUGCUGACUGUGCUUCUUUCGAAGGCAUUGAAAAAGCAUUACCAACUAAUGUGACACCGUGGUUGACAGUAGUGAAUCAAGACUGGGACAAUCCGAGUCCUCCAUCGAUGAAAGAAACACUAUGA